GUGAGUCAGCGCGAAGGCAAUGUCGACCCCCAAGGCGCGCAAGUCUAUCAAGGUGGGCGGUCAUGUGGGCGUGCUCACUGGCCGCCGCAACCGCCAGGAGACCAUGUUGUCCAUACGCAAGGCCAAGAAGGAGGACGCCUACGCCACGCGUCGCAAUCUCAAGGCCAACCACCCGCCAGCCGCCUCACAGACCGCAAGUCGAAAGGAGCUUUUGCUCAACCUGGCGUCGCGCUCCCAGGCGCUACUACUCGGGAUCCAGCGGCCAGAUGCGCUGACGAGGCAAAAGUCCAUGCGCGCCUUCGUGUAUUUGCUGUCCAGCGGCGUGCCUCCGCUUUUCGACGAGAACGACUCACAGCACGAGGGCUUGUGGCACACCAUCUUGGCCGCCCUUCCCUCCUUCGUGACCAUCUUAAACGAAGAUCUGCCGGACGCCAAUGCUGUCCAAUUACACUCGGACGCCGCCUUCGCACUGCGCUUCAUCUCGUCCAUGGACAAGGCUGACGCUGUGAUCGCAUCAGGCGCCGUCCCCAAGCUCGUUCAGCUUUUCCAGUCCGGGAUUUCGGAGCUGCAGAUCCAGGCGUCCUGGUGUCUCGGCAACAUCGCGUCUGCCUCGGUCGCGUGUUGCGACGAGAUCGUCAAGGUCUGUCCGCCCAGCAUGGUGCUGCCCCACAUCCGCAUGGCCACGCCGUCCCUGCGACGUGCGGCUGUGUGGCUACUGCGCAGUCUAGUGGAGUUCCCAGAGGUUAUGGAUAAGAGCGGCGUCAUGACAAUAGACACGAAGCGAGAGAUGAUGGAGGUGCUGGCCAGUAUCAUCCUGCAGCUUUCGAACGAAAAGGUGAGCAACUUUGUGUCGGCCAACGGCCACGCAGGAGAGGCGAUCAAGUUCAAGAAGGCAGCGGCUAUCGCUCCGUGGCGGAUCUUUGAGAUCAACACAGGAAAGCCGGCGCCGAACGAUAUUGCUGUCGUGCGCUUCGUUCGCGAAGUGGAUGAGACGACGGUGGAGGUCAUGGACGUGGACGUGAACUUCGAGACCGGCGAGAACAUGGUGUUCCAGGCCAAGAAAGCAGACAUGCGGCCGCUGCAGGUUAUGGACGAUGCCAUUGGCGAGGACGAUGAACUGGAAGACGAAGAGAACGAUCUUUUGGACGAGCAAGUCCUUACGCUUUGUGAUAGCUGCUGGGCGCUGGUGGAAAUGACGCUUCACAACAGUGACGUCGUUGGUGGGAUCGUUAGCGCCGGUCUGUGCCCACGCCUUGUGGAGCUGUUGUACAUCUCCCAGAGCAGUAUUAUCCUCGCACCGGUGCUACGACUAUUGGGCAAUAUUGUGUCUGCUGAGAUCUCGUACUCCCAAGCCGUGAUUGAUGCUAAGCUCCUGGAAGUGAUCCCGAGUGUGAUGACCACAACCAGUCGAGCGGUGCGAGAGGAAGCGUGCUGGAUGCUGUCGAAUAUUGCUGGUGGCCAAGAAGAACAGGUAGUUGCGAUGAUGAACUCACCCGGAGUUAUCACUGGAUUGGUGGAGCAGAUGUCGUGGGCCGAGUACGGUGUGAAACGUGAGGCCACAUGGGCCAUGUGCAACAUCAUCGUGCGGGCCAAUGUCGAGUUCGUCGAGGAAGUCGUUCGUAUGGGCGUGUUGCAGUCAUUCUGUCCGCUUCUCGACGAAUGGGAAGACCCGAUGGUGGAGCUUGUUAUCCUAGAGGCGAUCGAGAGUCUGUUGCAGAAGGACCCGCAGGAAGGCCGCGUAGCUGUUGAGGAGAGUGGAUGCCUGUCCAAGAUAGAGGAGCUGUCCUACGACCAGAACGACGACGUUAGCAGUAUGGCGUCGCAGUUGAUAGACACGUGGUUCUACAAAGAAGGAGACGAGGUGGACGCGACGCUAGCGCCGGCCGUCGUAGGGUCCGGAAUGACCGGCGAGGCUCUCAACUUCCAGCCCGUGCAGACCGAUGUCCAGUUCAACUUUAACCAGAGUUGAUUGAUAGCAAAUCCCUUACUCGGCUACGAUAAUUGGCGAAGAAAGCCGUCGUA